UCUCUAUCCUUUCCCGCAAUUAAGGCUUUACCUUUUUUGAGUUCAGAAAAGAAGGAAUAACUGACGGCGUUGGGUUCACAAUCUUGAUUUUAGUCGAACGAAAGAGUGGAUGUGUUUUAGAUUCUGAGAGAGAGAGAGAGAGAGAAUCAUUUUCUAGAUUAUUAAGUUCUAAUUUAAGGGUUUUGGUGAAAUUUUUAUGGGUCAGUAAUUAUAGACUGGGGUUUCUGAUAGAUGCUUUUUGUGACUACGAAAUCGUUAAAUUUGGUGUCUUUUCAAGAGGAAGAUAAUCAAAAUUUUCACUUGGCAGAUUCAAAGGAACAGGAGGUUCUGAUUUCGACGGGUUAGAUUGCAAAUUUUAGAUUUCUUUUAAUUAUUGAAACCCAAAUUCUCUGGAUUCAGAUCAUCAGCAGAAGUAAAAAAAAGAGGAGAAUCUAAUCUAUACCUAGUAUUCUUCUGUGUGAGUGUGGGUGGGUGGCCAUGGAAAAACAGAAGAGCUUCGGUGGGGUGGUCAUGGAGAAGCAGAAGAGCUUUCGAGGGGUAAUGGAGAAACAACUGAGCUUACGUGGGGUGAUGGAAAAACAGAAGAGCUUUCGCAUAGCAAUGGAUAAGCAGCAAAGCUUUCGUGACAGGAGGAAGAGCAGAGAAUCUCCGGGAAAAAGGGGGGACUCCGAGUUUCAUCUGGCUGCUCGAACUGGGAAUUUAACCAAAGUCAAGGAGAUCAUCCUUCAGGGGAGUGACAGUGGCAUCUUGAAUGAUUUGCUACUUAGGCCAAAUCUGGAUGGGGAGACGGCUCUGUACACUGCAGCCGAAAACGGUCAUGUCCUACUUGUUAAGGAGCUCUUGAAGCAUUUAGACCUUGAAACUGCUUCUCUUUCAGCCAAGAAUGGUUUUGAUGCAUUCCAUGUUGCAGCCAAGCAGGGUCAUAUUGAGGUGUUGAAGGAGCUUUUAAAUACUUUCCCCUCCUUGGCCAUGACCACUGAUUCAUCCAAUUCUACAGCUUUACAUACAGCUGCAACUCAAGGGCACAUUGAUGUUGUCAAUCUCCUUUUGGAGACUGACUCAAACCUUGCUAAGAUAGCUCGAAACAAUGGUAAAACAACCCUUCACUCUGCAGCGAGGAUGGGACAUUUGGAAGUUGUCAAAUCCCUACUAAGCAAGGAUGCGAGUGCUGGUUUUAGGACUGAUAAGAAGGGCCAAACUGCACUGCACAUGGCAGUGAAGGGAACCAAUGUAGAUAUUGUGCUCGAAUUGCUUAAACCUGAUCCUUCAGUCAUUAGUUUAGAUGAUAGCAAGGGAAACACGGCAUUGCAUAUUGCAGCAAGGAAGGGCCGCAUUCAGAUAAUAUGCUGUUUAUUAUCAGUUGAGGGUAUCAAUGUCAAUGCAAUUAACAAGGCUGGAGAAAGCCCUCUAGAUAUUGCAGAGAAAUGUGAAAAUUUGGAGAUUGCUUCAGUUCUAAGAGAAGCAGGGGCUAUCAGAGCUAAGGACCAUGUAAACCCUCCCAAUCCAGCAAAACAACUGAAGCAGACUGUUAGUGACAUAAAACAUGACAUGCAGUCCCAACUCCAACAGACACGUCAGACCAGGGCUCAGGUUCAGAAGAUUCAGAAAAACCUGAAGAAGCUUCACUCAAGCGGCCUUAACAAUGCAAUAAACUCUGCAACUGUUGUUGCUGUUCUAAUUGCAACGGUCGCUUUUGCUGCCAUCUUUACCGUACCUGGACAGUAUAUCCAGGACCCAAAAAAUGUCUCUCUUGAUGUCUCUCUUGGGCAAGCAAAUAUUGCGAAUAAGGCAGCAUUCCUUAUCUUCUUUGUUUGUGACGCCAUGGCCCUGUUUAUCUCCUUGGCUGUUGUUGUGGUCCAGACAUCUGUAGUUGUGAUUGAGCAGAAAGCAAAGCAGCAGCUCAUGUCUGUCAUUAACAAGAUAAUGUGGCUAGCGUGCCUCUUCAUAUCAGCAGCCUUCAUUGCUCUCUCAUAUGUAGUGGUGGGCCAGCGUACCCUGUGGCUUGCUGUCUAUACUACAGUGGUUGGUUGCGUGAUAAUGCUGACUACCGUUGGCACCAUGUGUUACUGUGUUGUCAUGCAUAGGAUUGAGGAAUCAAACAUGAGGAAUAUAAGGAAAACCUCAGGGAGCCGCUCACGCUCAUUCUCUGUCUCUAUGGUUUCUGACCCUGAGCUGCUGAACAAUGAGUAUAAGAGGAUGUAUGCAGUUUAGUAUUGGUGUAUUUUGGAGGUAGGACUACUCUCUUCUUAUGAGAACCCAUCAAGCUCUGACACCUAAUAUCUAUGGUUCAAGCUGUUGCUGCUCCCGCUCUUGUAAUUAUAGUUCAGUCAAAUUUUUUUUUUUUUUAAAUGGAAAAAUAGAACUUCAUUCAAGCAGAGGAAGAGGGAUGCUAUGGCUAACAAAGAAUCCAAGUGUUCAUAUAUUAAACACUUCAUAUGCACUCUGGUUCUGCAGCUCCAGGAUAUUACAAUGAGGAUGUAUACUCUUCAUGGUUAUGCAUUUUAAAUUCUAAGACAGUUAUAUAUA